AUUAUAUAAGUUUUAAGGCCAUUUAAUUCCGAAGAGAACAGAAGAAAAAGGAAAACAAAAACCAGAAGAAAGAGAGAGAGAAAAAUCUGCAAAUCGCCGAUUGGAAAUUGUAGGGUUUCAGAAACUCUGCAGGGAAUGCGGAGAGAUGAGAGUGGUAUCGUUGAUUCAGUCUGAGUUGAUCGGAAGAUCCAAAACCUUCAUCGUCGGCGGCAGAAAUUGCCACCGGAAACACGUCGAAGACGGGUGAAGUCAUCGACCUCCUCUCGCCUUCUUCUCCCCCUUUUCCUCUUUAAUCUUCACUUGCUCUCUCUCUACCAAAAAUCAAACACAUCUCGAUUCAAUCGAGUUCGGAUUCGGCGGCAAACAUGGCGGAUAAAGGCAGAGACAGCGGCAACUCCAGUUUGCUCGACGGCAAGUACGAAUUAGGCCGGCUUCUAGGGCACGGAACUUUCGCUAAGGUCUACCAUGCUCGGAAUCUGCGGACGGGAAAGAGCGUGGCGAUGAAGGUGGUCGGGAAGGAGAAGAUUAUCAAAGUCGGCAUGACGGAGCAGAUCAAGAGAGAAAUCUCUGUUAUGAAAAUGGUGAAGCAUCCGAAUAUUGUGGAGCUCCACGAGGUGAUGGCGAGUAAAUCGAAGAUCUACUUCGCCAUGGAGCUUGUCAGAGGCGGUGAGCUGUUCUCCAAAAUUGCUAAAGGUCGAUUGCGAGAGGAUGUGGCUAGGGUUUACUUUCAGCAAUUGAUCUCUGCAAUCGAUUUCUGCCAUAGCCGCGGAGUUUACCACCGGGACCUGAAACCAGAGAAUCUCCUCCUCGACGAAGACGGUAACCUUAAGGUUACCGAUUUCGGCCUCACGGCGUUCGCAGAGCACUUGAAGCA